UAUUAGAUUAAUAAAAACAAUUAAUUUAAAAGCUACUUUCAAGAUGAGUGAUGUGGGAUCAUCCAGUUCGGAUGAGAUCCAAAAAAGAAAGGGGAUAAAAUAUAAAAUUCAUUCAUAUUUUCAUUUCAUCAACAAAAUAAGAAUUAAAAAGCUGAAAAAAUAUCAUGCUGUGUCCGAUUCUGAUGUUGCACUCAAACAUCCACUUAUCGAGGAUUUGAUACAAAAAAGUCCAAUGAAAAAAAAUGGCAGAUUAAGCAACGUGACUAACUUGAAGCCCGUAGGUAAAGGAGGAGUGAAAGGUAGCAGCAAAACCAUAUCGAAGACUUACGUCAGGUCAAAAAUACCUAUUCGAAAAAAGGUUUGAACUAGAGCUACAUUGU